CGAGCACACCAGCGUCCUCUCCUCUCUUGUUGUUCGAUCGCUCGAGUCACGGCGCGCCUAGGCCGCGCCAACCGAGGAAGAAGAAGAAGAAGAAGAAGAGAGACGAGCAGGUCUCUCGUUGGAGAGGCGAACCAAGAGAGGCGAUGUGCUGCACACGUGCACCUCGGGGCAUUCGCGGGUUGGCAGUCGGCUCUUGAAAGCCGCCCGGUGAAUGCCUCACGUACGCUCUCGUACACGCGUUUUUUUAUCAAUCUCUCCCGGCGCACCUAGGGGUUCGUGCCUGGCGGCAGUGCUGGCAGAAUCCUUCGCGUCAAAGGAAGGUAUUAUCGAGAGGGAAUCUCUCCCACGUGUGAGGGAAGGGAGGGGGAAAGAAGGGAGAGCACCGAUAAUUUUCACGGUUGUGUCCGUAAUGCGCAGUGUGUUGAAUGUUUAUGCGAGCAAGUGCCAGCAACAGACGAAGAAGAAGAAGAAGAAUAGAGUGAGAACGGUGCCGAGUGCGAUUUUUAACACACUGGGAUACUAAGCAGUCGCUUCGUGUCGUUCUUGCGACACGCCGGUUGGUGGUGAUUUUAAUGCCGCGGAUGGGAUUAAAUUGACGUCUGCUGAACGGAACGCGAGAGAGAGAACUCAAUGGGACUUCACAGCUUUUGUGCGCGCUUUGAAGCAUUUGCAAUUGUUCUUUGUUCCAAUCUUCAUAUUGCAAGAGCGCUACUAAAUAUUUGUGUAGGUGUGUGGUUUUUUGUUUCGCGCGCUCACAAUGCUGCGCGCGUGUAAACAUGAACUUUACGACUCAAAACAAAUUUUCAUUCGCCCACAGUUUAGUUUUUAGAUGACACAAAAACAGUUCGAGAUACAUUAUUGUGUAACGGAUACGAAUAUUUGCAUAAAACAUUCGUUCGAAAGCAAGUCAUGUAGAAGCGAACUUAUAACGCGGAACUUGCGCGAUCUGUUUCAGAAAUCGAAUUAAGGCGAAGAAAAAAUCGUCGGUCCAAAAAGAAUUAUAUAAAUGAUAGACCGCGAUCGCGCGCGGAUUCGCCUCCGGAGUUAUCUCCCCGGGAAGGAAGAUGCAAGCUAUUACUUAAGUUGUUACACGAGUCUGACUGAAGGCCGGGGUCGUGGCACGCAAGAGAUUCACGCAGUCCAGAAUCCCACGGCCCUAAUGAUCGGUCAUGCGAUCAAACGCUAAUCUUUGUGGUGCAUGAUGUGCUGCGCGCGUGUAAACAACUUCCCGACCGGAAAAGUUGCGUAGUCUCAACCGAGUUUCCGAGAUCGGCUGCGUCGAGUGUAAUUAAUUAAGUGCGCCGAAUCGAUUAAAAAGUUUCACGGAUAUGUGCAACCGAACUUUUACAAGAAAAGAGACUGAAACUAUGUCGUUAAAACGUGAACAAAACUACGAUUUCGCGCUCAAACAGUGUCGAGUGUUCAGCGAAAUGAAUUUUUUUAAACUUGACUCAUUUUUACUUCGUUCCGGUGCUUGUACGUGCGACGAAAUAUAACUUGCGGAACUUUCGAAGAUAAGAAAAAAAAAAAAACGAUGGGAAACACGAGAUCGCAACCGUGUCGGCGAAACAAACCGCUCUACCUGUUCUAUCUUAUUCACCGCACGUGGAGCGUCGUGGUGGAUCAUCGGAAGGAUCAGAAUCGGUGCGACGAUACCGACAGAGACACGGAUCUGUCGUCGAAAUGCAGCACCUGCAACGGUUGCGAUUACCGACAGGACAGCCUGACGUUCGACAGCGAGUCGGACAUGGCACCGAACGCGGAGGAGGAGCUGCUGGUUGUGAAACCAUGGGGACCGCAACCGGAAAAGGAACGUUUGAGACCGCCGACGUACAACGCUGAGGAUUACGCGAUCGCACUGAGACGAUGGGGAAGACGUCCAUUAGGAACCGUUCAGGACUCUCAAGGCACCUUGCCGUCGACAACCAGUUCGAGUUCCGGCUACGCGUCCGGAAGUGGCGAGAUGACCUUGAGACAGUUCACGUCGGUUAGCGAGCUGCUAAAUAAACUCAGAGCCGACCUCAGGCUCGCCUUUCCCAGCUUCGUGCAGGAAUUCGCGUCGCCGCCUGCGGACGGAAUCACGUUGCUGCUGGAGACUCUGCGCGGCGUACAAUUGGCACAGAGCUCGCCGCCGACGUCGGGACAGACCGGGCCGAGGGUCGGCACCAGAAGAGCCGCUCUGGACGAAUUGGGAUGCGUUGAGUGUCUGGCCGCGUGCGGCGAACGAUGCGCCGAUGCGCCGCGACUGUUGGUGCAAGCGCAACCCGGUCUCCUGGCUCUGGCUGUUUGUCUGACCAGUAGUCUGAACCGGUCUCGGGUUCUGGCUCUUCAGCUGUUGACGAAAGUGUGUCAGGCACCAGGUGGACACGCGGCCGUAUCCGAAGCGGUUUCCACCCUGAGACUCAAGUACGGCGAGGGAGGAAGAUUCCGAUUUUUGGCGGGCGCUCUUCUAGCUCCCCGGGCGGCCAUCGCGCUGAGAGUCGCGGGGGUUUCGUUCUUGAACGCUUUUCUGAAGUCCGCGCCUCGCACGCAAACCAAAUUGUACAUCCAGGCUGAAGCUUGCGAAGCUGGUCUCGAGCCGCAAGUUCUUCAGGAAUGGCUGAGGGAGUUUGAUGGGCGCGAGGAUGACGCUCUGACUGACUUGCUGCACAAGGAAGUUCAGAAAUGGACGCACAACUGCGUCGACGUCGACGCUUUGCAACGCAGGGUGAUGCGCGCGGAAGAAGCGUGCAGAAUGCUCAGCAAGAAGGUGUCGCUCUUGCAGAUGCAACUCGAGAAACGGAAUUGCGACGACUCGGACGAGCGAGAUAAGUCGGCGUCGACGAUACUCACCGGCGCUACCAAAAGUCCGAAAGUGUCGUCGAACGCGGAGGACGAAGGUAUCAGCUCCUCGGAGAGAUCCAGCAGUCCCGAGGACACGAAACAGGCGAGAACCAAUCAUCAGAAGACGACGUCGAACACCGCGCAGAACAACGAUCAGGAAACAACGAUAGACGACGUCAUCGAAGAGCUGAGAAUCAUCGUGAAGGACGCCGAGGAGGAGUUCAGCGACAAGAUCCGGGAGUCGAAUCGCGCCGAUCAAGAAAUCGUCGUCUGCAACGAUCAAGAAUCGGCCAAGAGCAAACUGUACAAGUCGAAUUCCAAGAUCUCGUUGAACAACUCGGAAAGUUACAUUUACGACCAAAUAGCCAAGAGGAACAAACAGACGGAGAAACCGAGGUCGCACGCGGACUCGAACGCGUCCCAGAUGAAGGGCGAGCAGGUGACCUACUUCGGCAACGAUCAGGAUUACAGCACGGAUUCGAACGGCACGAAGAAACUGAGCCUCACAUGCGGGGAGGCACAGCACAGAAUAUCCAAGUCGUCGAUGGAAGGCAGCGUGAAGAUCGUGGUCAAGGGACCGGACGUGGAGGAGGCGAUAGUGCCGGCUAUUCUGCACCCGCAACCGCCAAGAAGAGCGCCUCCUUGCUUGUCGGCCAUCAUGGCCGUCAGACAUUGCGACUUCACCGAUCACGCGGAAACGUACAACUCGCACGACGAGGAGGUUGAGGAGGAAACUCUGGACGACGGCAGCGAUUCCCUGUUGAGCGCCUCCAGACUCAAGUACAACGGCAAGCAUCAUCAGAUGUACGACGGACAGGUGAGAAGUAUUAACGUAGAUCAGCUGCAGAAACAGGCAAAAAGUGACACCGUACUGAUGAAUUCGCGUCACAUCGACGUUAAAUUCAGGAAGAGUCUGGACGAUCUGCGCCGCUUCGACGAGAACGACGACGCGAGAACUAGAAAAACGUUGAGAACCUACGAGAGCGGAUCGAAAGCGAAGACGAUCGCGGACGCGAGACCGGUGAUCAAUCGACAAACGACCGACGUCUACAACAAGCAAUUCGAUUCAAAGGGAUUCGAGACGUCAUCCGGACGAUCCGUCGAUCAGCGAAUUCACCGACACAGUUCCAAGUACAGAAGCGAAGUGGAGAAGAGGAAAUACCUGCGUCGCUCGGCUAGUCACGAUUAUCUCGAGUCGAACGUGUCCAGUCCGCAGUCGAGACGUUCCGGGAGCAAAGUCGAGUGUCGCAUCAGAAAAUUCGAGAGUCUCAACUCGUUCGACGAACACCGAAGCCUGCAGAAUUACGGACGACUUAACUCGGACUCGGACAAUCUCGACAAGCGAGAGCAAACGCUGGCCGAUCUCACGAAAUUCAAAAUGCGCCGAUCGGAAUCAUUUCAUCACGUCUCCCAUCAUCACGCGUCGAAAAGGGAUCAGUGCUCGUCGAAGGGAGAAAGCGACAGCGGUCUGUUUUACAUCACGGAUUUUAAUCUGGAACCGCUCGUCGCGAGACGACCGCGAUCGAUCGACGCGCCGAAGUCUCCUAGUCUGCUGACGAAAUCCCUCGACAGGAUUGACGAGGGUUUGGACUCGAUGGUCGACAUCGUUAUUACGCAAGAGCAGCAAACAAGUCAGCAGUGGAACGGCGGCAAGCGUCGAUCAAAGGCGGAUAAAUGUCGCGACGAGAAACGCGAGUUGAUUAGAUCGAGGUCGUCGGUUAGACCCGAGGAUUUUUGCUCGUCCGACAAACAGACGAAACGGGAAAGCAAGAGCAGACACUUGAGAAACGACGAACUGUAUCAUCACGUCAACAACAAGCAACUGAGAAGCGACGAAUUUUACGAGGAACAGAGAACUCGCGAGUGGGAUUAUUACAACGAAUUGAAUUACGCGAAAGAUAAGGGCGAAGCGAACGAAGCGGACGACACACCCGUGAUAAUGUCCAACAUGAGGCACAAUUCGUUUCGCCAGAAGGACAAGAUCGGUCACAAUUUCUCGAACAGACCGAGCGAGUCGGGGAUCUUCGCCGGUCGAACGUACGAUACGUUCGGUCUCGGCAAGAGUCGCUUCAACGCGGGAAAAUAUUCGGGAAAUCAACAGGGAAUCAAGGAAAACCCGAUCGGUCGAAGAAACACGACGUCCUCGGUGAUAGGAAAGCGCGGAAAGGUGACGGACGUCGUGUCGGGACUUUACUGAACAACGCGACGACAUUCAUGUU